UCGGGAAUCUCGAAAACCAUCCGCUCUGCCUUGACGACAGUCGCCUUAUUGCAGACUUUGAACAGUGCAAGAGGGUGGGUGCCCGGGAGCGUGUCUGUCUCUAACGGAGACUUUCUUACUGUUCCCCACUUUGGGGAGGAGGAGCCGAAGGCAAGCCAGCUGCUCCGACAGGCAUCCCCACCCCCACGCCGCGGUGCUCAAACAAAAGGAUUUUCUCAUCCGCCUGGAGCCGACAGGAGCAGCUGGCUGUAACUGCUUACAGUGACCAGACGCCCAGAGCUCACCCAGCAAAGUUAUUUUUCCCUCCUUGAAAGAAAAAAAUAAGUACCUGCCAGCAUUCGAACUUCUCCUUAGCCAAGACUACAAAGAUAUGGUGUUUGAGAGAAACUGGUGUAGAAACAGCUUAAUAAAUUGACAUAAUUAGGAGUUAGACUUCUUAUCAUCCUUCCAGAUAACGGAUACUAGAAUGAAACUCACAAUGAUGCAGACAUGGCGACUCGGGUGAGCCGGGGCUAAGAAAUGUAAAGUUGGGCUCAUUUCAUUUAAUGCAGCGCCCCCUGAGUGCCUACCCUGUGCCAAGGAGCACUGCUGACGCUUAUGCUGCAGCUUCUACCUGAGGACCUGGGUUGGCUGGAAGCCCGGAGGCAAUGAGGACGUGGCCCGCCAUCUAAUUUAAAGGCGCUGCGGAGGAUGCGGAGCGGCGAGCCGCCGGGGACCAUGGACGAGAGCGGCGCGCCGGCCGAGGCGGCGGCGCAGGGCGGCCCGUGCCCGGGGCUGGCUCCCGCGCCCGCCGGCCGCCUGGGGGCGCCCUACUCCGAGGCCUGGGGGUACUUCCACCUGGCGCCGGCGCGCCCGGGCCACGCGGCGGGCCGCUGGGCCACCUGCCGGCUGUGCGGGGAGCAGGUGGGCCGCGGGCCGGGCCUCCAGGCGGGUGCGCCGGCGCUGUGGGAGCACCUGAAGAGCGCGCACCGGCGGGCGCUGGAGGAGGCUGCCCGCCGCUCGCCGCCCGCGCCUGCGCCCGCGCCCGCCGAGGGCGAGUGGGCGCGCCUGCUGGAGCAGAUGGGCGCGCUGGCCGUGCGCGGCAGCCUGCGGGAGCGCGAGCUGGCGCGGCGCGAGGCGGCCGUGGAGCAGGGCGAGCGCGCCCUGGAGCGCCGGCGGCGGGCGCUGCGGGAGGAGGAGCGCGCGGCGGCCCGGGCGCGCCGGGAGCUGCAGGCCGAGCGGGAGGCGCUGCAGGCGCGGCUGCGGGAGGUGAGCCGCCGCGAGGGCGCCUUGGCCUUGGCCGCUGCGCCGCCGCAGACUCCGCUCAAAGAGGAGCCCGACGGGGAGCGGGAUGGCUGCUUGGUGACCAGGGUCCUCCUGUAGCUGCCCCUCCACCCCCACGCCAGCGCCCUUCCCAGCGCGCUCCGCGGACAGCGUCUCCAGCAUCACCUGGGAGCUGAAUCGAGGCCCGCUGCCACCUCGCCGAAUCGCAGUCUUCAGAUGUGGGCCCUUGAGAAGCGCUUGGGGAGCCAGAGCAGAACCAGAAGUCACUUCUGCUCUGGGGUGCCGGGGGCCAAGCUCCAGCCGCCGUCUAGUGGGCUUCUGUGCGGGGGUGGCCUUCCUCGGGGCGCCUUCGGAAGUGAGCGCUCCAGCAGCCCGGUGAACCCUGAUCACCCGGAGCCGUGGCCACCUUGUACCUGUUACUUCGAAAGGACGGACGCUUCCUUACACACCAAAGACUGUCACACCACGUGCCUGUACACCUGGCAGGGCAACCCAGGGUGGAGAGUGCAUGGAAAUGAGGCCAAAGCGGUUUACCCAAAAGAGAGUUACUCGUUUCCUGAUGAGUGAGUCUUUAAUGGGUAGUCGCUGCUCAACACCAAGUUCUGAAAAGGGGGCCAGUAGUUAGCCUCCCCGUCUCGAGUGCCUCCUCAGGGCCAUCCCAGAGAGGCCCUCUGUCAGUCCCCGCAAUGCCAAGUGCAGCCGCUCUCUCCCCUGCCUGUCCUCUCUCCCGUCCAGACCCAGUGGCAGCUGUGGUAAGCUUCCCCCCUUCCCGCCUCACACCUCCUGCCACAGGGCUUGACCUCCACCUCUGGUCACUGCGGUGGGGGCUUCCGUCCCCACAAGUCUCCACAGUGCUCAUUUCUGGGCCAAAGGAGGAGGCUCCGUCCCAUCUGAGGCCACCGGGUCCUCUCCCUGGGCCUUUGCUCCCCUGGUGCUCCUCCUCUCCUCUGUCUCCUUCCCUCCCUUUCCCCAGACUCCUCUUUCUCAGCAACACCCAUCUCCCUCAUACUGAAAAGAAAGACCCCCUGCCUGGAUGCUGCCGACUGAACAGCGUCCAAGGAGGUUACUAGACCUUGCUGCCAUUCUUUCCUCCUUCACUCCGUGCACAGCUUCCCCAAUACGCUGGACUCUUUAAGAGGCCGCCACAAUCUCCCAGUGCCAAAGGGGGUGAUUUAUUUUCAGCCUUCGUUUUGCUCAAGCUCUCCCUUCUUGAAAUUUCUCCCUUGGUAGGUGGAAUUUGCUCCUCCACAGAAUUCCUUUUGCUGAUGUAGACUCAUUCCCAAACAGUUUUUCUUCAGGUCUUUUUUUCCUCAUUUUUUUAUAUUGAAAAAUUUCAAGCAUCCAGGAAAAGCUGAAAGGCUAGUACAAUGAGUACUCAUAGAGACCCUCCGCCUAGACUGAACAGUUGUUAACAUUGUGCCACAUCUAAUUUUUCUGCCCUCCACCGCAUACAUGCCUGACAUUUCAUCCCUAUUUCAGCGUGUAUCUCCUAGGGAUAAUAAACACAUUCUUCUGCAUGCUUACGAUUUCCUACUAGCCUCUAAUAUAGGGUCCUUAAUCAAAACUCCCCAAUUGUCCCAAGAAUGGCUUUUUAUCUUUUUUUAAAAAGAGUCCAAUCAAGGUUCAACUCUUGUACUAUUUUUUUCCGUGACACACUUUUUGAAGAGUCCUGACCACCUGUCUUACGGAAUGUCCUGUGUUCUGGAUUUGUCCGAUUGUUUCCUUAGGCCAUCUGACGCACUCAUUCUUGGCUCGUCUGCCUGUAGAGCGACACUAAUCACUCCGGUGCCAGCGACUCCUGACUGCCUCCAGCCCUGAGUGCUCUCCCGGCGCCGUCCUUCAUGUUCAGUCCUCUCUGCAUGUCUCACCUCCGCUUGCAUAACCCAUCACUACAGGUGGGAGGGACACAGCUGUUCCACUCCCCAUCGCCACCCCUCACCCAAUCACUAACAUUUCCUGGGCUCUUAAAUGUAUCAGGCACAUGCUGCACACCUGACAUGUGUUGUCUCACUCUUCUCACAGCAGCUCCCUGGGGAGGGAUUAGGACCAUGCCCAUUUUACAGCUAAGGAGACUGAGGUAGGGAGGGGUAAGUAGUUUGUACAAGAUCACACAGCUGGUAAGUAGUGGAGUUGAGAUCCAAAUCCAGUGUCCACCUCCAGAGGCCAUGCUCCUAGCAGCUGUCCUGUCUCCCUUGUUACUCAGUCACCGGGCGGAUAGCUGUUUCCUUCCUCCAAUUCCAGGCAGUACCAUCAGUGACAUGUACUGAGCAUUCACCAUGUGCCAGGGCUGUGCUAAAUGCUUUACAAGGAUAAUUGCCUGCCACGCAGCAGCCCCAGGAUGUAACUGCUGUUAUGCCCACUUUGUAGAGUCAGGCCCAGGGGAGCUAACUAAUGUCUUCACAGUCACACAGCUGCUAAGAAGCAGAGUGGGAUUUGAACUCCAGUCUCACUGAAUCCUAGGCCCCUGAUCUACUGAGUGCAUUUCUACAAAAUAUCACAGCUGUCUUCCUCUGAUGCCAGCUGCCCAGCGCAGGCCCCAUUUAUCAUUCGUCUGGGGUUCAUCUUCCCAUCCUUGUCUUCCUCCACUGCCUCCUGCCUAACACACAACUUGGCCAAAGGAACUGUCCUAAGCCAACAGUGAUCAUAUCACGUUUUCUGCUCAAAAGCCGCCAAGAUCACCCGUCAUCUACAAGCUUGGACUCCGUGGCCUGACAGUCAAGCUCCCCACGCUGUGCCAGUCUGACCAGUCCCCUCUACCUACUCUGUAAGCUCCAGCCAGACUGCACUCCUUGUUCUUCCUGACGUGCCCUGGUCUUGGCACCUCUAUGCCUGUUUGCCUUCCCUCCACUUAAAAAACCCCUUCAAUUCUGAGUAUGAAAGAUCCCACCCAUUUUCUGAGACCAAGCCUACACUCAGCGGCCUGCAUGAAGCUGGCUUUGAUUCCUCACUUAGUGGAUUCCUUCCUGCUCUGGACUCAUAGCAUUUUGUAUCUCACAAACCUUAGAACAGGGAUCUAGCAUACGCUUUGUGGAUUCUUGUACGACGCCCUUACCAGACCUUGAGCCUUUGGGGGUAGGAAUGGAGUUUACUCAUCCUUCUACUCCCACAGUGCUUUGCAGAUAAUAGCUGCUCAAAUAUUUGAGGCAUUGAACCCACUCAAUGUAUUAAAGAUUUUUACAAGUUAGUUUUCCCAUAAUUAUAUUAAUAAUUAUUCAUCUUUAGUUCUGAGUAGAAUUCAUAAUAGGAAAAAUAACCUAAAAGGAAAUAGCAGUAAUACUUUUUUUUAAAGCUAUUUAAUCAACAAAGAUUUAGUAAGUGUCGGUUAUUGGGCUGCUUGGUUUGAAUUCAAUCAACUAUUCCAGCAUGUCAUUAUCAGGAGUGUUUUUCGUAAAACAACUUUUUUCAUUAUACAAGUAACACGAAAGCAAUACCCCAAUCUACAAAGAAUGGCAGAAAAAAAAGAACUCCCCCACAGUCCUGUCACCUCGGUAAAAUGGCUAUUGGUAUUUUAAUGUAGUUUAUUUGUCUUUUGCAAUUUUUACAUUACUCUAAUAAUAGUAUAAGUUAUUUCUCUUAAGUAUGGAAAUCUAACUUAAUGUGGAUUUGUAAGUUGGGCUAUAAGAUCUGAAUCUGGACUUUUCAGAAGAAGACAAAUCUACAAAUGUUAUUUCUUUUUUUUUUUUCCUUGAGGAAGAUUGUUGCUGAGCUAACGUCUGUGCCAAUCUUCCUCUAUUUUGUCUGUGGGACACCACCACAGCAUGGCUUGAUGAGCAGUGUGUAGGUCUGCACCUGGGAUCUGAACCUGUGAACCCUGGGCUGCCGAAGCGGAGCAUGCGAACUUAACCACUGCACCAUCAGGCUGGCCCCUGUUAUUCUUCUAUUUCAUCAAUUGUUAGAACCAUUAAAAUAAGCAAAGAUUUACUUUUAGAGUCUUAACUGCUCCCUCAAGAAGGUUGGCUAAGGGGAGCGCCAAUUGCCUGUUGAGGGGCAGGAGAACAAUUACCCUGACUGGUGACUGAGUGCUGGCUGUGGGAGUUGAGAUACUUUACUUCCAGCUUUAUACACUUCUGUACUGUUAUAAUUUUUAUACCAAGCAUGAAUACUUUUAUAAUAAAAAAUAAAAUUACUUACAUUUUGCAAAUGGAAACUCCUCACGAUUAGCAUUCAGCUUCCUUAGUUAAAAUAAACAAAACCUGCAACACGAGGACUGACGUAAUCCCCACUUCCAGAAAAUCCUAGAAAGAAACAUAGCCCUUGUGCAGUCCAACUCUGUCAUCUAACAGAGGAGAAACAGAGUGGCCUGUCCACUCUCAGGAGACAGUGGCUAUGGCGGCUCACCUGCCUCCAGCCUCAACAGACAGGCUGCUGCUUUGGCCUUAAGGGCUUCUGCUCACUCACCUGGCAAAGCAAGAGGGCUACCUGGAGCAACCAGCCGAGCUGGCAGCCCGAUGUCAGCUAAGCCGUGGGACUUGAGUGGGCACAGGUGGGUUCCAGGGAUUGCAUCGGCCUCUCUGGCUGUGGCACAGCCUGCUCACAGAGAGAUGUCACUGCCAAUGGGUGAGUGACAUACCUUGCCUACAUCCGCAGGGCUUCCCUGGAUUUAGGCAACAGCUUGCUACUUGGACUACCUGGGUACUGCCUUUGAGAGCAAUGCAUGCACUGCAUUAGUGAGGUGGAUGGGAUGCUGGAACCAGACUGCCCUGAACACAAUUCCUCCACUCCUGCCAUGAUGUAGAGUGAUCAGUCACUUCUUUCGGUUGACAUGUGGCAGGGAGGAGGGAGUGUGGGCAAAGCAGGGUAAUGACAACUGAGCCUAGAACAGCUGGGGCCCUGUACACACCCAAGUUAUCAUCCUUAGAGGCUGGAAAAGGGGAGGGUUGGCUGGUUUGAGCUGAGUUUCUACUUUACAUAGCUGUCCAUGUCUCAGAAGGGAGUCAUAAACGCUGGGCUUUUGAUUUUGUUUCGUUUUGCUGCCGUGGACUCCUCGGGGAACUCUCUUUCUAAAGGUUUGACCAUCUUACCUUUCCACAGCCCGAAUCUGCUCCCCUUUGGCUCUAAUAUGCUAUGAUCAUGUGAAAUAUAGUGAAACAUCAACUAAA